AUGAGGCCUUGCGUGACCGCUCCUUCCGCGCGGUGGCCGUUUGCAUGGUGGAUGGCGGUCCAGAAUAUGAGGUGCAGCUCAAGGGGACGGCAGCACCCUGCAAGUACAGCUUGGAUAGGACCAAGUUGGACUUCGGAGAUAUCCCUUUCACUGAGGUGGGAGAAUCGGAACUCUACUUGUCGAACAAGGGUCAGGUCCCAGCCAGCUUCAACUUCAACUUGUCGGGCGUCUCUCGGCCGUUCGUGGUGGAUGUGGUGCCCUCCACGGGCACCUUGA